AUGGCGGACACUAAGUUUGUUGUUGUUGGCGCCGGCCCUGUCGGUUCGUUGGCGGCGCUUUAUGCCGCCAAGAGAGGCCACCAAGUCGAAGUUUACGAGUUGCGGCCGGAUCUUCGUGAUCCGAGCAUAGUGCCGCUCAACUUCACAAAGUCCAUCAACUUGGCUUUGUCUGAGCGAGGACUUUAUGCUAUGAAGCAGUCUGGAGAAUCACAGCUUGUUGACCAUGUAAUGUCCGCAACUAUUCCCAUGCGCGGGCGAAUGAUUCAUGGACAGUCGCCAAAUGGAAGUCUGUACGAGCACUCUCAAAACUAUGGUGUAGACGAUCAGGCUAUCAAUGCGAUCGACCGAGGAAGCCUCAACUCUCGGUUACUAGACAUCCUAGACUCUUUACCCAAUGUCAAGCUAUUCUUCAACCACAAGCUGACCGGAGCUGAUUUCAAAACCAACAAGGCUUGGUUCGAGGCACGCGACAAAGAUUUCGCUGCCAAUGGCCGCCCCCGAGAAAUUGAGAUUACUUUUGAUCUCAUGAUUGGCGCAGAUGGCGCGCACUCUGCCGUUCGCUAUCACUUGAUGAAGUUUACUAGAAUGGACUACCAGCAAGAGUACAUCGACACGCUGUGGUGCGAAUUCCAUCUGCCUCCUCGUCCUGUGGAUGACAACGAAAAGGACCCCAAUGCAAAGUUCCGCAUUUCGCCGAACCAUUUGCACAUCUGGCCCGGCAAGGACUUUAUGUUCAUAGCCAUUCCUAGCGAGAAUGGCUCUUUUACUUGCACUCUAUUCAUACCCAGCGCCGAGAUUUCUGAGCUGGAGAGAGAUCCCUCGUCUCUGCCAGCCUUCUUUGACAAGCACUUCCCCGGAGUUACGGCCUUAAUACCAGGGCCGGAUCUCAUCAAGUCCUUUGAGACAAACCCUCACCUACCAUUAAUCAGCCUCAAGUGCAAGCCCUAUCACCAUGGCUCCUCUGGAGUCAUCGUUGGCGACGCCGCCCACGCCAUGGUGCCCUUUUACGGCCAGGGCAUGAAUGCCGGCAUGGAAGACGUUCGCAUCCUCUUCUCCAUCCUCGAUAAGCACACAAACCUCGACGAGAGUAACAAUCCUGACGGGGAGCUCAUCCAUUCUGCCGAGACGUCUGCUUUCCAGCGCUCUGUCGCCUUGGCAGAGUACUCGGCCGUCCGGGCUGAGGACGCCUACGCCAUUAACAACCUGGCGCUCCAAAACUACGUCGAGAUGAGAUCGUCCGUUCUUUCACGGCGUUACAGGCUGCGCAAGUAUCUCGAAGAGUUUAUGAGCGUUCACUUCCCGUCCUUUGGCUGGCAGACCAAGUACUCCAGAGUCAGCUUCGGCAACGAGGGAUACGCCGACGUGAUCCGCAAGAGUGACCGCCAGGGCCAGAUUCUGAUGCAGAGCUUCGUUGCGCUCGUUUCAAGCCCGGUUGUCUUGACGGCGCUUGUGCUGAUGUAUAAGCGCCGCGGAUCUCUCCUAUCGUUUGUGCGUGGGCUGUUUAGUUGGAAUUAA